ACAAUCAUUAAAUAACACGGACUCUAAGUGAACACAACAAAAUAUUCAUAUAGUUUUUGUACAAUAUUUGAAUUAUUGUAAAUUGCCAAAAGCAGUGAAAAUUUUAUACUUGUUCUACAAUGUCCUCGUACUCUUCUUCGGAUGAUGAAGGACCUGGUGGAUCAGGAUUAGGAGCAGGAGGCGAAGCCGGAGCAAAUGGUGGUCUAGAAUAUUUAUUCGGGCCCAAUUAUUUGGAAAUUCCAGAAUUGAGACUCGUGGACAGGGCCUUCGUAGGCAAAGUGAAACCAAUGAAACAAGCAAAGCAACAGGUAGGAAAAAUUCGGGCUCGUCCGUUGAAAAAACUCCCAGCAAAGAAGCCGCCUCGCAACAAAAGGGCAAGAACAUCGAGUUUAGACAAAAUUAACAUUGAGCAGCUCGUAGCGCGUACUUGGGAGCAGUUGACGGAUGAACAGCGUUUCAAAAUUUCAAAGGAAGACCACAUGAGAUUAAAACGGCAAGCUAUAGAGAAUCCAGUCAAGUUGCACAAUUAUUCUAGCACAUGUCUGUGCUUCGACUGUAGCCCAUCGACAUUAACGCUUUUGUCGGGAGCUAUCACUGGAGCUAUGGAGGAUCGUGCUUGUGGAAGGGCAAAAGCACUAGUCAAUAGACUUAAGGCAGCACCAAAAGCACUAGUCAAUAGGCGUAAGGCACCACCCAAGAAGAGAGCCGAGAGGGAAGCCAAGAAGGCUGCUGCCAGGAGGCGGCCAGGAAAACCAAGGGAGGCCAAACCACGUGGCAAGAAAGUCAAGAAUGGUCGGGUUGCCAAGCCUAAGGCAAAGUCUUCUUGCUUCAAGCCAAUCCCCAAACCCAAGAGGGCAGCUGAUUGCCCCAAAAAGGGCGAAAAAUAAAUACCAUCGUAUGUGAGAGAGCUAGACAGAUGUGAGGCAACAAUUUGCCAUUCCAAAUUCAAGUGAAACGUUUUCUCAGCAUCUAUUUUUUCAAAUUUGUAGUAGUUAAAGAUUCCUUUUACAGGUGGGUGGUGGGUGUGUCCAUCGCCCACACAUUUACUCAUUUACGCGACAUACGUUGCCGCAGUCCUCCCGCACAAACAAUGUAUAUGUACAAUUUAAAAUAUAAAAAAUAUGUAACGUUUCCCUGCA